AUGACGUCGUCAGAAAACGAGACUAUCUCUUUGGAUCAUAUCCAUCCAAAACCUGCAAAUCUUGGAGAACAACUCUCCAUUACGGGAAGCAGAGAUCUAUUGACAGAUGCCAAUCGUUCUUCUAGAUCCUGCCGAAGAGUUAUGGUCAUUCUUGUUGCUAUUGCAGUGGCAAUUUCUACAAUCAUCGCGGCAGUGUUCAUUGGAAAAUACGUUUCGGAAUACCUUAGUGAUGAUAACAGGAAAGGCAUCGACGAGUGCAGCACUGGAAGCUAUGUGUGUGACAAAAAUGCGAACUGUACUAACACUGACGACUCUUAUAUCUGCGCCUGUAAGGAAGGAUACACUGGAGACGGGCAUUCAUGCCAAGAUGUCAAUGAGUGUAGCGAUGGCAACUAUGUUUGCCAUGUUAAUUCGAACUGUAACAACACAGAUGGCUCUCAUAUUUGUACAUGCAAGGAAGGAUACACUGGAGAUGGACAGUCAUGUCAAGAUAUCGACGAAUGCGACAAAGGAAGCCAUGAUUGUGACUUAAAUGCGAAUUGUACCAACACUAAUGGCUCUCAUAGCUGCACCUGUAAGGAAGGAUACACUGGAAAAGGAGAGUCAUGCCAAGAUAUCGACGAGUGCCUCAAUAGAAUCCAUGCUUGUGACGUGAGUGCGAAUUGUACCAACAUUGACGGCUCCCACAAAUGCACCUGUAAGGUAGGAUACACUGGGGACGGACACUCAUGCCAAGAUGUCAAUGAGUGUAGCGAUGGCAACCAUGUUUGCGAUGUCAAUUCGAACUGUAACAACACAGAUGGUUCUCACAUUUGUACUUGCAAGGAAGGAUACACUGGAGAUGGACAGUCAUGUGAAGAUAUCGAUGAGUGCCUCAGUGGCAGCCAUGCUUGUAACGUGACUGCAAAUUGUACCAACACUGACGGCUCUCACAACUGCACUUGUAAGGAAGGAUACACUGGGGAUGGACAGUCAUGCCAAGAUAUCAAUGAGUGUAGCGAUGGCAACCAUGUUUGCGAUGUUAAUUCAAACUGUAACAACACAGAGGGUUCUCAUAUUUGUACUUGCAAGGAAGGAUACACUGGAGAUGGACAGUCAUGUCAAGAUAUCGACGAAUGCAGCAAUGGAAGCCAUGAUUGUGACGUAAAUGCGAAUUGUACAAACACUAAUGGCUCCCAUAGCUGCACCUGUAAGGAAGGAUACACUGGAAAAGGAGAGUCGUGCCAAGAUAUUAAUGAAUGCAACGAUGAUGUUUUUGAUGCUAAUGCUAACUGUACCAACACUAAUGGUUCUCAUAAUUGCAUCUGUAAGUAA